GCAAUUAUUUAUUGUAGCCCUUCUUGAAACAUUUACAACAUAACAGAUGCCACUUUCGUGACUGUUUCUUUUGCAGGGGCUUUGCCAGUGUAGACUCAACCUAAUGUAGUAAGUGUAGAGUUGAUGGCUUGUCCAUAAUAUCCCGGUAACACUUCCGUUUAAACUGUUCACAAAUGUCAUGCGAUUGUGAACAACCAGAAGCCACAGCGCAGCGGUAGUUUUGGAUUUGAAGAUGGGGGACGAUUUAGGUGAUGACUGGUGGGAACAAAAGGGCAAUUCGGAUUCCCCCGUGGGAGAGGAGAGUGAAGAACCGGAGAAACAGCCCACAGAGCAAGCAUCCCCACGGGAGAAGAAAGGAAAGAAGAGGAAGAGUGUAAUAGACACCCCAGUUCCGGUCAAGAAGAAGACUGCACUGAAAUCACAGACUGACUGUUUUAUGGCUCAGGAGAAGAAAGAGGAUGAAGGAGAAAAAAAGCCCAAGAAAAAGAGAAAGAAGAAGAAGAAGACGAUCACAGACGUCCUCGCCACCUCGGACCCCAAACCGGGCUCUCCAGUUGACCUGCAGAGCCUGGUUCUAGAACACUUCAAAGACAAACGCUCCGUCAUCGAGCUGGAGGAGCUCAAACUACAGGAGUCCUGCUUCGUGAGGAGUAAUGACCUCACACACAGCCUCUCCUCCUACCUGAAAGAAAUUUGUCCCAAAUGGGCUAAGGUCCAGAAGCAGCACACAGAGAAGAGUUCUGUGGUUCUGCUCAUCGUCUGUAGCGCCGCGCUAAGAGUCAUCGAGCUCAUCAAACAGUUAACCACCUUCAAGGGAGAGGCCAAAGUGCUGAAGCUGUUUGCAAAGCACAUCAAGGUAGAGGAGCAGGUGAAGCUCCUACAGACGGGGGUGACACACAUUGGGGUGGGGACGCCAGGGAGACUGAGCGCCCUCAUUGAGAAAGAGGGUCUGACCCUGCCUCCCCUGCGUUUCCUGGUUCUGGACUGGAACUGGAGAGACCAGAAGCUUCGCAGGAUGGUGGAUGUUCCUGAGGUCAAAGGUGACUUGUUGAAGCUGCUGGAUAUGGGAAUCUUGAAAGGAUGUAGGGAAGGAAAAGUGAAAGUGGGACUGUUCUGAUACAACCACACACCUAGUGCCAUAAUCUGCCAUUUUAUUUGAUUUUUUUCACCUUUAUUUAACUAGGUAGGCCAGUUGAGAACACCUUUAUUUAACCAGGUAGGCCAGUUGAGAACACCUUUAUUUAACCAGGUAGGCUAGUUGAGAACACCUUUAUUUAACUAGGUAGGCCAGUUGAGAACACCUUUAUUUAACCAGGUAGGCCAGUUGAGAACACCUUUAUUUAACCAGGUAGGCCAGUUGAGAACACCUUUAUUUAACCAGGUAGGCCAGUUGAGAACACCUUUAUUUAACCAUGUAGGCCAGUUGAGAACACCUUUAUUUAACCAGGUAGGCUAGUUGAGAACACCUUUAUUUAACCAGGUAGGCCAGUUGAGAACACCUUUAUUUAACCAGGUAGGCCAGUUGAGAACACCUUUAUUUAACCAGGUAGGCCAGUUGAGAACACCUUUAUUUAACCAGGUAGGCUAGUUGAGAACACCUUUAUUUAACCAGGUAGGCCAGUUGAGAACACCUUUAUUUAACCAGGUAGGCUAGUUGAGAACACCUUUAUUUAACCAGGUAGGCCAGUUGAGAACACCUUUAUUUAACCAGGUAGGCCAGUUGAGAACACCUUUAUUUAACCAGGUAGGCCAGUUGAGAACACCUUUAUUUAACCAGGUAGGCUAGUUGAGAACAAGAUCUCAUUUACAACUGCGACCUGGCCAAGAUAAAGCAAAGCAGUGCCACAAAAAACAACACAUGGACACAAGUUACACAUGGAAUAAAAUAAAGUAUAGUCAAUAACAAUAGAAAAUAUAUAUACUGACAUACAAACACACACCCAACCAAGUCAGACUGGACCUCUUCUCAUCAUGCUCUUGUUCACACGCGUGCACAAACACUCACACGCAACAAAGUUUAUUAGGGCCCCUCAAACCAAUCCUGUCUCCAUAACAGACCGACUGCUGGACAUUUCAACCAUCUACCCUAUCCUGUUUUUACCCUCUCCCUCUGUGACACUGUGUUCUUGUUCUAUUUUAAGUGACGUAAAAUAUCUGAUAUGGUUUAUACAGUGUUGUAGUUCAACAAUAACACAGCCCAACUGUGAUGGUUUGAAUAAAGACAUUUGAAUGGAA